UCGACGAUUUUAUACUUACUCCUUGAGUCAUACGUUUUGACGUUCUAUAAAUCUAAGAGUACGUAAGAGUACGUAAGAUCAAAAUCAGUUUUUUUGCACUUGACUGGUUAUAAUAAAAAAUGAAUAGGCUUUUUGGACGUGCAAAACCAAAAGAGCCAUCUCCAAGCAUUACCGAUUGUAUUGCUGGUGUGGACAGUAGAGCAGAUUCAGCUGAAAAGAAAAUAGCACGUUUAGAUGCCGAACUAAAAAAAUACAAAGAUCAAAUGGUCAAAAUGAGAGAAGGCCCAGCAAAGAAUGCUGUCAAAGCUAAAGCCAUGCGUGUUCUUAAACAGAGGAAAAUGUAUGAAGCACAAGUAGAUAACUUACGUCAACAAGCAUUCAAUAUGGAACAAGCAAAUUAUGCUACACAAACAUUAAAAGAUACUCAAGCAACAGUGGUUGCAAUGAAGGAUGGCGUUAAACAAAUGCAAAGAGAAUUUAAAAAUAUAAAUAUAGAUGACAUCGAGGAUUUACAAGAUAAUUUGGCUGAUAUGUUGGAACAAGCUGAUGAAGUACAAGAAGCAAUGGGUCGUAGCUAUGGAAUGCCAGAUAUUGAUGAAGAUGAACUUGCCGCUGAAUUAGAUGCUCUUGGUGAUGAGAUUGCUUUAGAUGAGGAUACAUCUUACUUAGAUGAUGCGAUCAAAGCACCUAAUGCUCCUGAUAAGGAGCCAGGUUCUAGUUCUGUUAGGAACAAGGAUGGUGUGUUGGUGGAUGAAUUUGGAUUACCCCAAAUUCCAGCUAGUUAAUUCAUUAUGUUAAAUUUAACGCAUAAAUAAGUGAUACGUUAAUGUUGAUUAUGGUCUCCAAAGACAAGUAGCUUAUAUAAUAUAAAUAUGC